GGAGCACAGCUCGCUGGACUAGCCGAGCAGAGCAUCAUCAUCUCCGGUGUAGGACUGGCUGUCGAGUCGCAUGGAGAAGAGGUAUGAAGAGCUGGUGCACUACUCAGGGUCGGAGGCCAUGUCGAUGGGGGGGUACGGGGACGACGUCAGGCCGCUGCCCCCCCCACACUACGGACCCUCCAUCCCCGACUCCCUCAAACACCACAAAGACCAGAUCUAUGGUCACCCACUGUUCCCACUGCUGGCCUUAGUGUUUGAAAAGUGCGAGCUCGCCACCUGCUCCCCCCGAGACUCCGCCUCCCUCUCCGCUACCUCCCACCUCCCCGGCAUGACCAAUCACAGCGACGUCUGCUCGUCCGAAUCCUUCAACGACGACAUCGCCGCGUUCGCCAAGCAGAUCCGAUCAGAGAAGCCCAUAUUUUCUUCCAAUCCUGAGCUCGACAACUUGAUGAUCCAGGCCAUACAGGUCCUCCGCUUUCAUUUACUGGAGUUGGAGAAGGUGCAUGACCUGUGCGAUAACUUCUGCCACCGCUACAUCACCUGUCUGAAGGGCAAAAUGCCCACAGACCUGAUCCUGGACGACCGGGAGGGCGGCUCCAAGUCCGACAUGGAGGACUUCACCGGGUCCUGCACCAGCCUGUCGGAGCAGAAUGCAUCGUGGUUACGGGAGCCGGAUGAAUGUGCCACCACUCCUCUGGGAACACCAGGCACCUGUGGCCUGCCUUCACACAGCACAGCAGACAACUGUAGCGACACAGGAGACGGUCUGGACGGAGGAGGCGCGUCCCCCAGCACGGGAGACGACGACGACUCAGACCGAGACAGGAGGAACAACAAGAAGAGAGGAAUCUUCCCCAAAGUGGCUACAAACAUCAUGAGAGCCUGGCUCUUCCAGCACCUGUCGCACCCGUACCCCUCCGAGGAGCAGAAGAAGCAGCUGUCCCAGGACACGGGACUGACCAUCCUACAGGUCAACAACUGGUUCAUCAACGCCAGGAGGAGAAUAGUUCAGCCGAUGAUUGACCAGUCGAAUCGCUCAGGUCAGGGUGGUCCUUACAGCCCAGAGGGAGCAGCUCUCGGGGGCUACGGGCUCGACGGACAGGCCCACCUGGGGCUCCGGACAGCAGGUCUGCAGGGCAUGUCUUCUCUGCAGGAGGCGACUACCCCCGGUGCUCUGCUGUCCCAGCCCGGCUACCCUCCCCACCCAGGACCCUCCCUGCACCCGUACCCGGGCCCACACCCCCACCCCGCCAUGCUGCUCCACCCGCCGCCACACGCACACCCCGCAGAGCCGCUCCUCGCCCAGGGACUGGACAUACAUGCACACUAG